GCAGUAACGCGUAUUUCACGAGAUCAAACAGAAAUGUGGACCGGUCUGUUUUUAGUUCUUGGGCUAUACGAGUCUGUCGUCGGUUUGGGGCUGCCGUCCUAUAUAAGUUCGUGUUCGAGAAAAGAUCCGAAUUUAAAUGAUUGCGCAUUAAAAUCAGCACGGAACUCAGUUCACCAGUUUUCACUGGGCGAUCCUGAAAGAGGUUUACCACCCCUGGACCCUCUGUACGUGGAGAACAUGGUGGUUUAUGUCCCUAAUCGAAACGGUUUCAAAGUUGUGUUCAAGGACAAUUAUUUUACGGGAUUAUCGUCUUUAACAUUACAGAACUUAAAAUUCGACAUGGACAAGAAAAUUAUAGCUGCCCAAGCCCUCGUCAAUUUGGAUGUAAAUAACACGUACGACUUAAGCGGGCGAAUAUUAGUCAUUCCCAUUAAAUCGAGUGGGGAUUCGUUCAUUAAGCUAAAAAACACUUUGCUUAACAUUAACUUUUAUUACGAGGAUAUUGAAGAUGCAGACGGUAAAGUUCACUGGAAAAUUUUCAACCACGACGUUGAAUAUGAGGUAGAAAAGGCUGUGUUUCGCUUGGAAAACUUACUGAAUGACAAAAACUUAGGUGAACAAAUAAACAAAAUACUCAACGGCUUAUCACAACAAAUCGUAGACGAAGUUGGACCAACAAUCUGCGGAUCACUCAUGAAGGCUGUUGUAGAAAACUUAGGAAUUUUACUCGAACAAGUAUCGUUUGACGAAUUAAUGCCCGAAUAAAAUAUUUAUAAGUAGAAUCUAUUUAAUUUUGUACAUUAUAAUAAACAGAUAUUUUUGAAC